AUGGUCGCCUUAAAUCUACCAAGGUUUUCCUCGUUCCAGACUAUCGAGAAUCGCAACAUCCUCCAGCCUCAGAAAUGCCAAGUUGAUGAGGCACUGGACAAAAGCCGGGACUAUUGGUAUCGCCUCGCAUCACUAGCCUACGCCUAUCGGGAUAACGGCUUGACUCCCGCGUAUACAAACCCCCACCACACCCUUCAUAGAAUACCUAAAUUCCAAGGCCGACCCAGAACGAUCCAUGUUCGCCCUUAUGGAGUCUCUCCAAUUCCUGUGCUUUGCAUGCAAGCCUCUUCUACUUGGAGAUUGGUAGGAAACUCGAACUGCGAUAUGAUCGAAAAAGAAAUUACACAUUCUGCCCUUCUGAAGAUUGGCACCGGUGUUGCUAUUCCCUACAGUUUUUGUGGGAGAGUCUUCAGUUCUUGGAUUGGCACGACAGAAGAGAGUCGCACCGGUCCCAAUUAUCUAGGAAUUCUCACAGUUGCAUGGUGUUAUAUUCUCUCUGCGCGGCUCGUGGAAAUCCAAGGGGAGGGAGCUCGUAUGCAAUACAUAGGCUCUGAGACCGAUGGUGAAAGCCUUUGCGAUUCCCUAGAGACAUAUACCAUUGACGUUGGGGGAGCGGAUGAGAAUGUGACUUGA